GGGCGUUGAUGUAAAAGAUUUAUUUAUUGGGACGGCGUGGGGUGAGGUAUUACGGGAGUUGGAGAUUAUUCUUUCUCACACACAACACAGAACACAGAACACACAGUCUGUGGUUCCUCUUGCUCAUAAUGGACUCCAACAAUAAGAAUGGGUUGGAGGAGUUGGACAGCAGCUGCUCCACUCCUUACGUGAGCGCCCCUUCCAGCCCCGGCCGAGGCCCUCUCCCCGCCUUCUUCUACAGCGCCCCCGCCAGCCCUAUGCACUUCGCCAUCACCGCUUCCUCUUCCUCUUCCUCUUCCUACCAGGCCCCCUCCGCUUCCGCCGCUCCCAUCGGCUACGAGUUCGAAUUCUCCGCCCGCUUCGGCUCCUCCGCUUCCGCCGCCCCCGGUUCCAUGAGCUCGGCCGACGAGCUCUUCCUGAACGGGCAGAUCCGCCCCAUGAAGCUCUCUACCCACCUCCAACGCCCCCAGGUGCUGGCCCCCUUGUUAGAUCUGGAUGAAGACGAACAAGAGGAGGAGGAGGGUGUGAGUGUGAACGUGGUCCGAGGCAGAGAUCUGAGGCUCAGGGACAAGUCCCUCCGCAGAAGAACCAGAUCCAUGUCCCCUCUCAGGACCAACACGCCUUUCGACUGGUCCCAACACCAUCACCAUCACCAUCACCAACCCCUCCACAACCAAAUAAAUAAAGCCCAGGAAAAACCCGAGGAUCCUUCCGCCUCCUCCUCCCGCUCCUCUUCCGCUGGGAGAAGCUCCAAGCGCUGGGUUUUCCUUAAGGAUUUUCUCCGAAGCAAAAGCGAAGGCCGCAGUAACAACAAGUUCUGGUCCACCAUUUCCUUCUCCCCCAUCAAGGACAAGAAAUCCACCAAGCCCACUCACCAUAAUAAUAAUAAUAAUAAUAAUAAUAGUGACAACAAAAACGGGCCUCCUUCCAAGAGAAUGAGCGGCAAGCCCACCAACGGUGUUGGGAAGAGGCGCGUGCCUCCUUCGCCGCACGAGUUGCACUACAAAGCCAACCGGGCCCAAGCCGAGGAGUUGAGGAAAAAGACCUUCCUGCCUUACCGCCAGGGCCUGCUUGGCUGCUUGGGCUUUAGUUCUAAGGGUUACGGGGCCAUGAACGGCCUUGCUAGAGCCUUAAACCCUGUUUCCUCCAGGUAAAUUUCUUUUUCCUCCCUCCAAUUGUACAGAUCAUUAUUAUAUUAUCACCACGGUUACUAUUUCUUUCUUCAUUUUGCUAGAGUCUUAGUCUUAGUCUUAGCCUUAGCCUUAGCCUGUGCCUUAGCCUGUGGCCUUGGCCUUAUCAAUUAUUCUAUUAUCUACAAGUGUACUCGCAGCAUUUCACUAUUUACACACUUGCUGUGCAGUGCAGUAACUGCACUUUAUUAAUAUUUAUUUAUCCUUAACCCACCAUGCAAAUCAAUAUCAUGAUGCUUAUCUCUCGUA